ACUAAUCAGCCUUCGUUCUUCAGUCAGAAAGAUGGUUCUCGUAGACAUUUAUUGUUUAUCAAACCGAAAAGGACGCUGAGAGAGAGAGAAUUUUUGUCGACGGAUUUAAGCACGCCGAUUAAAAGGUUUAGAUCUGAACAAUGGCGACAAGGGGCCUCAAAGGACGAUGGCUGGAUGCGUGGAUCUCUUUUUGUCUGGCUCUGACUCAUGUGGAAGGAAUCUCUGCUCAAAUACGGUAUGCUGUUCAGGAAGAAUUAAAAUUAGGCACGGUGGUUGGAAACGUAGCCAGAGACCUUGGAUUAGAUCUCGGAAGGUUGACGGAGCGGAAUCUUCGUGUCGUGUCAGGAACAAAGCAGGAUCUGUUUAAGGUAAACCCGACAGAUGGACUUUUGUCAGUGAACCAGAGAGUAGACAGAGAGGAGCUGUGCGCAAAAACUGUUCCAUGCGUCACAAAUCUUAAAGCGGUUGUAGAAAAUCCCCUCGAGAUGCACCAAGUUAUAGUUGAGAUCCUGGAUGUGAACGACAAUUGGCCGAAAUUUCCUGAAGAAAACUACACCUUAGAGGUGCUGGAGUCCGCCAUAGUUGGAUCUCGAUUUCAAAUAGAAGGAGCACACGACUUGGAUGUUGGAUUGAAUUCCUUACAGUCAUAUAAGCUAAACCAUAACCAGUAUUUCCGACUGGAAACCGAGGAAUUUGGGGAUGAGGGAAAGGUCCCUUUCCUAAUAUUACAGCGAUCUUUGGACAGAGAGCACACCGCACGGCACUGGCUACUAUUAACAGCUGCAGAUGGGGGUAAACCAUCAAAAUCUGGUGCUCUUAAUAUCACUGUUAUUGUAUCUGAUAUUAAUGACAACCCACCAGUGUGUGAUAAACAAAAAUACACCAUAACAAUACAGGAAAACGCAGCAAUCGGAACAUUUCUGCUGACAGUAAAUGCGUCGGACCCCGACGAAGGGAUGAACAGUGAGAUCGAAUAUUCAUUACGGAGUAAACUCAGGGGACUCUCAUCUGAGCCUUUCGAUGUGAACAGCAGAACUGGCAGACUGACGGUGAAGGGAGGCCUUGAUUACGAGGAGAAACAAGUCUAUGAGGUUAAGGUACUGGCUGCAGACAAAGGUGCCGUGUCUCUCUCCACACACUGCAACGUGGUUGUCAGAGUGGAAGACGUGAACGACAACCCACCCGAAAUAGACAUCACAUCCCUUUCAAGUCGCAUUCCAGAGGAUGCACCUCCCGGCACGGUGGUGGCGCUGAUGGGUGUGACGGACCUUGACUCAGGUGUAAACGGACAGGUGGUGUGCAGUGUGCCCGGGCAUUUACCGUUUGAUUUAAAGCCAUCCCCUGACGGACAGUCAUACUCUUUGGUCACGAAGGACUUCCUCGAUAAGGAAGCAACACAUGUGUAUGAUAUUACAAUAACAGCUAAGGAUUUAGGAAAGCCCACCCUGUCAUCCACGAAGCUGAUACAGGUGGAUGUGCUGGAUGUUAAUGAUAAUAGUCCUCUGUUCAGUGAAAACCCAUAUACAUUUUAUGUACUCGAAAACAACAAGGCUGGAAUGUCAAUUUUUUCGGUGAGCGCUGCAGAUGCUGAUGGAGGUGAAAAUGCAGCAGUCACAUAUUCACUGAGUCGGAGCCCGGGGCCCACUGUAACCUCCUUUUUAAAUAUAAAUGAAGCUAAUGGCACCAUUUCCGCCCUGAAAAGUUUUGACUUUGAGACCCUGAAAACGUUCCAGUUCCAAGUCGUGGCCACAGACUCUGGAACUCCGUCACUGAGCAGCAACGUCACAGUGAACGUGUUCAUUCUGGAUCAGAACGACAACGCUCCAGUCAUCCUGUAUCCAGUCAGCUCCAACGGCUCUGCUGAAGGUGUGGAGGAGAUUCCCCGCAAUGUGAACGCAGGACACUUGGUGACUAAAGUCAGAGCCUAUGACGCUGAUAUAGGAUAUAACGGCUGGUUACUCUUUUCACUGCAGGAAGUCACUGACCACAGUCUCUUUGCUUUGGACCGCUAUACAGGACAGAUCAGAACACUUCGCUCAUUCACAGAGACAGACGAGGCUGAGCACAAACUGCUCAUACUGGUCAAAGACAAUGGGAACGUUUCCCUCUCAGCAACAGCUACUGUGAUUGUCAAAGUGGUGGAGCCCAAAGAGGCUUUUGCAGCCUCUGACGUCAAAAGUGCAGCAAAAGAUGAUGAGGGGAAUGAUGUGACUUUUUAUCUCAUCAUAACAUUGGGCUCAGUUUCAGUCCUUUUCCUCAUCAGUAUCAUCGUGCUGAUUGCAAUGCAGUGCUCCAAAUCCACAGACUAUACUUCUAAAUAUCUACAAGAGACUAAUUAUGACGGGACACUGUGUCACAGCAUCCAGUACAGAUCUGGAGACAAACGCUACAUGUUAGUUGGACCCAGAAUGAGUAUAGGAUCUACUAUAGUCCCUGGCAGCCAUGCAAAUACUCUGGUGCUCCCUGACAGGAGGAGGACAUCUGAAGAGGCCCUGCCCAUCUCCGAUCAUAUCUGA